GUUCGAAAAUUAAAAAUAAACACAACUGUCAAUCUCUUUGCGAUAUGUCGGGACUUUUUGCGACAUAUUUUCGAAAAUUUUCGGAAUUCCAAGCUAUUUAGAGUGAUAAUCGUGCUUAAAUAAAAUGUCUAUUUGCUUACGUACGAUUUCUCAAAGAAUAUUGCCUAUAAAUGGCAUCGUUUCCACCAAAAAUCACUCAAGCCGCUUGUCUAGAAAAAUCCCUCUGCGGACACAAUUUCUGGAAGAAUUCCUACAUCGUCGACGCAUAUCCAGUUGUCAACUCGCUCCAAAAUGUAGCACAGAUAGCAACAUCGACUAUGUCUAUGGUCACGAUGAGGCUGUAAUCAGCAGGCUCACGCACCAGGAAUCCACAUCUAUCUAUGAUAAUACAAAGCCUUCGGAUGGAAGCAACUAUUAUGGGGACGAUGUGGAGGUGAAGACCCUGGGACUGACAUCGGAUGAUUACAUAGAGAGGCGAAUGCCUCCAUACACAUUCGAUGUUCCAUAUACCAAUAUUAGUGAUAUUGACUUAACUAAAUAUAGUAAUGAUAUAGAACCGACCUGCCUCUCGGAUUUUGAACGUGACGCGAUCGCAUACUGCCGCGGUACCGUAUUGUCCAGUCCUAUAAGCGCACCCGUCGUGGCGCCCAGCCGUGAUGGCAAGCCCAAUGAAGAACAACUCAUGAAAGUGUACUACACACUCUCAGACACGAUGCCAAAUUUGUUUGUGAAGCCCCUGGACUACUCCAUCUACCAUCCUAACAUGGUUUUUGUGAACAACAUUAGGGGCACCACAUCUGUAGGUCUAUUCCACUACGUGAAGCAGGUGGCGCUGCUGCGUACAGUGGGCCACUUGAAGUUUGCCUACGUCAAGCUGGAAGUCAUGAAGAUCACGGCACAUCCUGAGGACUCUUCUGUCAAGAUGAGAUGGCGCAUCAAGGGCAUUUCCGGACUGAAAGUAUUCUUUAUGUUCUGGAAGUACAAGCUGUGGAACAUGAAGGAGGUGUUCCGAGACCAGGAACUUUGGUAUGACGGAUUCUCCACAUUCUAUGUGGGUGCAGAUGGACUGGUACAGAAACAUGUUGUGGAUAAGGUAAUGCCAGACCAGGACACAAUAAUAGAUGACGAAGAGAAGGCUCCAAUAGCCGCCAAAAUAGCGCUUCUCAUUGGCUUGCUGCCCCGAAACUACCUGUCCGACGUGUCACCCUACUUUAGCGCGUCACCAGGCACCGCCGAUACUACGCCACUACCCUUCAAAGUACUAGAGUAAAGUGUUAUAUCUUAUCAUCGGGAAAACAUACUUAGAGACAGGGCUCCUUCAUCAAUGAAUGAAAGUAAUUUAAUUAGAGUUGUGGUUAAUACCUCCAAAAAAUGAACAUUUCUAAGCAAUGUACUGAAUUUUGAUACACAUUCGAUUACUGAAAGUGUAAUUUGAAAAGUCAAGCAAUUUUAAUAUAACUAGUAACAUCUUUCUUGCUGAAGAAUAAAUUGUCUAUAUGAAGCGUCAGUGAUGCACUUUAUAUAAACAACACUAUUAUUAACAACUUCCAGAAAGUUUAAGUUCAACUUCAAUGGUUCAUUAAUCUGCCGUCACCACUAUAGUCGGAAACGUACAGUAUAGUCGACAACACUGUAUUGGAGACUCGGUUGCUAUUCUAGAAAGAAAGAAAACACACCUUAGUUAGGUCUCCAUAGUUAAUUACAUCUUUAGAACUAAUUCACAAAGCAAGUCGUUUAUUUUUGUACAUAAAAAAAAAACAAUCUGUUAAAUUAUUGCUUUUGUGUGUCCGCUUCCAUUUUCGAAUGUUUGAUCAAUAUUUGCAUGUUCAUACAUUUUCAUUAAUUUAUUGAUAUCAGAUGCAAAACUUUUGCAUCAUUUUACUAGAACAUUUUUUUCUAUAAAAUAAUUAGACUAAAAUAACGAAAUUAUUAUGAAUGUACUUCAGAUUUUGAUAGGUUCUUAUUUAUUUAUUACGGAUAUUUUUGUUGACAAAUGAGUUUUGUUCUCCACACUGCACUAGUUCGCAGUAACAUUAGUUCGGCGUACACGUUUCAACUUCGGCAACGUGCAGUAACACAUUAGUGAUAUUUUGAUAACUGUGAAUGCCUUGUAUUAGUCUGUAUAGAUAAUGUUAUGUAUUGCUAUAAUACAAUAAAAUGUGUCCAUUA